ACUGGGUAAUGUAGUCCUUUGUUGUCCGGGCAGGGGAUGGCGGAGGCGGGGCAAGGGGCGGAUUCCUCGUCCUCGCCCGCGUCAGUCUGGGGCACGGGGCGGGGCCAGAGGCCGAGGCGCCCCAGCACGUCCCGUCCCGCCGGAAGUGAAGCCCCUGCCCGGAUGGCAGCAGUAGUUCUUGGGGGAGACACCAUGGGCCCUGAGCGUAUCUUCCCCAAUCAGACAGAGGAACUGGGGCCACAUCAGGGCCCUACAGAAGGCACCGGCGACUGGAGCGGUGAAGAACCUGAGGAAGAACAGGAGGAAACCGGGGCAGGUCCUGCUGGCUACUCCUACCAGCCCCUAAACCAAGAUCCUGAACAAGAGGUGGAGUUGGCACCAGUGGGUGAGGGAGAAGAUGUAGUUGCUGACAUCCAGGAUCGGAUCCAGGCCCUGGGGCUGCACCUGCCAGAUCCACCAUUAGAGAGUGAGGAUGAAGAUGAGGAGGGAGCCACAGCAUUGAGCAGCCACAGCUCCAUUCCCAUGGACCCAGAACACGUAGAGCUGGUGAAAAGGACGAUGGCUGGAGUAAGCCUGCCUGCGCCAGGGGUUCCUGCCUGGGCUCGGGAGAUAUCGGAUGCCCAGUGGGAAGAUGUGGUACAGAAAGCCCUCCAAGCCCGGCAGGCAUCUCCUGCCUGGAAGUGACCAUCUCAAGAGCUGCCUUAUCUCCCUACAUUCCAGGCCGGAACCAGGACAGGACUGAACACAUCUCUGGUUAUAAUGUCCAUCUCCACCCUCCCCAUCUCCUUUUCACAUCAAGGCAAAUCAGACUUCUCAGAGACCCACUUUAUUCGGUUCUGUACAUAUGGGGACAUCGGCCCAAGCCCAACCUACCGUAGCAUGUAUCACUCUGUGGAGAAUAAAGCACCCUGUGUACACAGCCAAAAGCCACA